CAUGUUUGAGUUUCCAUGCGCAGUGACUAGGGAGGUAAAGCCAAGGCAUUAUUACCCCUCCUCCUCGAUCCUCGGUCUCUCCGACCUCAGCACAGAAGAAACGUUUUAAAUCACAUUUGAGUCGAACAAGCGCUUUCUUCAUAAAACCUGGACAUGAGAUGCGAUUUGUUUUCGCGGACGGAAAGAAGGAAACACUAGAUACGACCUGUUGGCGAUGAUGGAUUUCUCAAAGGCGCAAAUGUCAAGCCUCUCAGAGCAGGGCAGUCCUGCUGGGCUCAAACUAGAGGCUGUGAUGGAGCAUCUGCAGAGACAACAAGGGGCCAAACUGGAGGGCAGCCUGCAGGAGAGGCAGCUCCAGUUCCUGUUCGCUCAACACGCAGCUGCAGCGGCUACUGCCCGUGCCAACGCUGCCAGAAUGGAUCCUGCAUUAUUCAGUAAAGGCGCACAGAUGUUUCACACUCAACAUAUGAACAGCAUGAGAGCACCAGACAUGGAGAGAGAUGAGGAUGAGGAGGAUGAAGACUCAGAGGAGGAGGAGCCAGGUCUGCCAGGAGAGGGUAUGAUGGGACAUGGCCUUCAAGGUCCUGGAGACCAUGACGAUGGGGAGGAUGAUGGUGAUGAAGAUGAAGAAGAAGAGGAGAUCAGCCCAGACUCCAAGAAACCCAGGCUGCAGCCACUGCCAGGUUACACCUACCCUCCCUUUCCCACCUCUCAGGCCUCCACUGGGGGCCAAAUGUCCAGCUCUCCUCCUUCUGCCAUAAAAGAAGAAGACAAGGAGGCGCUGUCUCCAGCCGGCCAACAGUCCUUCACAUCCCCCAAUGGCUUCUCUGAAUGGGGCUAUGAUGAGUCGUUCAAACAA